AGGGUUAUAUUCACACGUACGAGUUGAUUUGAGGUAAGAGUGACCAAUUCCAAAUAAGAAUCUGAGCAAAGAGCCGCCACCACUCAGAAAGUAAAGCAUCGGAAUCGUUUCGAGAUCACGACACAAACAUCUCUCUUUCGAGUCUAUCAAUUCGUCACCAUGUGGAGAAGAAUCGUCUCCUCUCAUCUCAAAUCCCUAGCCGCCGAUGUCGCCGCUGCUUCUCCUCGCCGAUCGAUAGCCACCACCACCGCGAGGCCUGUUGGUUUCCAUCUCGCCGCCAAUCGAUCAGCCGUCUCCGCCUCUUCUUUCCUUACCCCUCGCCAUUUCAGCUCUGAAUCAGUAGAGAGCGUUGCGAAGAAGAAGGUGGAGGAUGUAAUGCCCAUUGCAACCGGACAUGAGAAGGAAGAGCUCGAAGCUGAAUUGGAGGGAAGGAGACUGCUUGACAUUGACUUCCCCGAAGGUCCUUUUGGUACAAAGGAAUCCCCUGCUAUUGUAAAAUCAUACUAUGACAAGCGGAUUGUGGGAUGCCCUGGUGGUGAAGGCGAGGAUGAACACGACGUUGUGUGGUUCUGGCUGGAGAAAGGAAAAUCUUUUGAAUGCCCUGUUUGCACUCAGUACUUUGAGCUGGAAGUGGUUGGUCCUGGUGGGCCUCCCGAUGGUCACGGCGAUGAAGACGACCACCACUGAUUGUCAGGCCUCUCCCUUGCCGCGAGUUUUGCUUUUUCUAUUUUCCCGUUCUUAAGAUAUUUUAGAUUUUUUAUAAUAAUUGGAAUAAAAAAAUGAAAUAUGCCGCUGGCGAAACACAGUUGAAAAUGUUUUUGAUCCUUUUAGAACAACAACACUUCGGGUAUCGGGAAGUUUGUCAAAAUGCCAAAACUCUUACGACCGUUGUUUUACUUUUGUAACAACUCUUGAAUCAGAAUCAUUCUUGCCUUUUGCUUAUUAUAUAUUCAACUUUUGUUUUUA